AUGACGGAUAUUUUAAAUAUCGAGGACGAGCCGAUCUUUGACGAUCGCAUCGUCAAGAUCGAGACUCACACGUACAAUCCGUUCGCCAACACGACGUUUGAAUACAACGAUGAGAUAAGAAUUCCUAUACAACAGCAGGAUCUUUACACGUUACCGUACGAAAGUUUUCUAUACAUUGAAGGAAAACUUAUAAUAAAGAAACCAGUUGCGGGAUUUGAUGUGACAUUGGCAAAUAAUUGCGUCGCGUUUAUGUUCGAUGAGAUUCGAUACGAGCUCGACGGUGUGGAGAUUGAUCGAAACAGAAACGUCGGAAUAACCAGCACCCUCAAGAACUAUGUAACUAUGUCAGUUGCCAGAAGCGUAAUCGCGAGGAACGCCGGCUGGGAUCCGUGGAAUCCUCCGAACGGAUACUUUAAUUUUUGCGUACCGCUCAACAUGCUGUUGGGAUUUUGUGAAGAUUACAGACGCGUGGUGAUCAACGCUCGCCAUGAGCUGAUUUUAAUACGCGCGCGUAACGAUAACAAUUGUCUGAUGGGAAGUUCAGAAUUGGAGCCGAAGAUUGAAUUACUCAAAAUUCAGUGGCGAAUGCCGCAUGUGUUACUGAACGAGAUGAAUAAACUGUCGAUGCUGCGUGCUCUGGAAAGCGGGCGAUACCUCAGCAUGGCAUUUCGUUCUUGGGAUCUAUAUGAGUAUCCUUUAUUGCAAAGCACAACAAACAUUCGUGGGCCAUCAAGACCGCUACUCAGCUCGAGAAGCCUCGAUACGUCGUUUUCGCUCUGCAGGCUGGUCGAAAGAAUAUCAUGUCUGAAAACAUGA